AUGAAUGACUUCGUGCAUGAAGAUAUCGAACUGAAACGCCAGGCGUGGGCCCUGCACUUCUCCGAAAGCCGAACGAAGAACAAAUUUAAGUUCGCCAAAAGGGGAAAUAAAAAAUACGUGACGACGUGGGUCAAGCAAAAAGACCAAACGGGUUUAUUCGAAAGAUGGGUGAAGAAGACGCAGCUAAAUGAGAAGUACAAACCGGAGGAUGAACAGAUCGAAGAACACAGCGAUAAGGCAAAACUGGAAAGCAUUACCCCCCAAACGAACUGGACGAGGAGGAGCACCAGGAUAAAUUUACACAGCAUUCUUGACAAGGAGACCUGCAGAAGAUGCUAUGUUGAUCCCCCAAGCGAUUUCUCGGUAGAAGAGGACGAAAGGGAAGAGGCAGAGCAAGAGAAGGAGAAGAAAGAGAAGAAACAUGCAAAAGAACGCUAA